AAAAAAGGGUCCAAAUACAUAGCACCAAGCUCACUUGCCACAUAGCAAAAUUCAGAUAGGCUUCUUUCACUCCACCAGUCACCACCACCUUUUAAACUCAUCACUUUUCCGAUCUUGAAUUCAUCAAUCUUCAGCCAUGGGAGAAGUUGAUCCAUCUUUCAUCCAAGAACCUGAACACAGACCUAAACUUGCAGUAAUCAAAGCCGAAGGAAUCCCACAAAUUGACCUCUCGCCUUUCAUAAACUCGUCUCCGUCCGCCGUCGCGAUAGACGACCUGAUAUCUCAGGUCCGUGACGCAUGCAAAAACUGGGGAUUCUUUCAAGUAAUCAACCACGGGGUUCCCGUCGACGUCCGUGAAAAGCUACAGUCGGCAGCCAAGAAGUUUUUCGAUCAGCCAUUGGAGGAGAAGAAGAAGGUGAAGAGAGGCGAAGGGAACCCAUUUGGUUAUUACGAUACCGAACACACAAAAAAUGUGAGGGACUGGAAAGAAGUUUUCGAUUUCACGGUGGAGGUUCCGACGUUGAUGCCGGCGUCAUAUGAAUCCGACGAUGAACAGACGGCGGAGUACUCUAAUCAAUGGCCUGACCAUCCUCCAGAAUUAAGGGAGGCAUCGGAAGAAUAUGUAAAAGAAGUUGAGAAAUUGUCGUACAGACUGUUGGAAUUGAUAUCCAUGAGCUUAAACCUUCCUGCAAACCGGUUUGAGCCCUUCUUCUCCAAGGAUCAAACCAGUUUUGUUCGACUGAACCACUACCCGCCGUGCCCAGCUCCUGACCUCGCCCUUGGUGUUGGUCGACACAAGGACGCCGGUGCUUUGACGAUCUUGGCUCAAGACGAAGUCGGAGGUUUAGAAGUUAAGAGAAAAACCGAUGGAGAGUGGAUCUUUGUUAAGCCAACACCAAAUUCCUUCAUCAUCAACGUCGGGGACAUUAUUCAGGUAUGGAGCAAUGAUAUGUAUGAGAGUGUAGAGCAUAGGGUGAAGGUGAACUCGGGUAGAGAAAGAUUUUCGAUCCCAUUUUUCUUGAAUCCUGCACAUUACACGGUGGUGGCGCCGCUUGCUGAGCUGACGGAUGAAAGAAACCCUGCAAAGUAUAAGAGUUAUAACUGGGGCAAGUUCUUUGUCACCAGAAAACGUAGUAAUUUUAAGAAACUGGAUGUUGAAAAUAUACAGAUUUAUCAUUUUAAGAAACCCGAAUUAGAGGAUAAUAUUGUUUCUCUUAUUGAGAAUGUUGUUGUAUAAGUAAAAAGAUACUAUGUGACGUUUUCAUGUAUAAGAAA